ACGGUGAUGAUAUGGAACACUUGCAUGCAACUCAGAAGUGAGCCGCCCAUUCGGCCACCCUUCUCAAAAAGAAGCUGCCAGCAGCAGCUCCAUCUCGCUGCAGUGCACUUGGUUUGCUGUCUUCCUCGAGCAGAUUGGCUGAAAGAUGCAGCCAACAACGAGCGCCUCGGGGUCAGGCCCUGCAUCGGGCUCUUUCGCCAUUGCUUACAGCUUCUCAUUGGUAUGGCGCCUGGCAUGGGCACUCUUGUGCACAGGGUACAUCCACCCCGAUGAGCACUUUCAGAGCACCGAGAUAAUGGCUGGCUCGGUGUUCAAAUUUGUCACUGACCCACCGUGGGAGUGGCGACUUACUCCUCCCGGGCCGGCCCGGAGUGUGCUGGGGCCAUUUCUGUCCGUCGGCAUCCCGUUCAACGUCUUGAAAUACGUGUCACGGCUUAUCGGCAUGGGACGGAGGGAUAUCGGCUUAUGGGCAUUUUAUGCACCUCGCCUUACGAGCUUCUUGGUGUCGUUGCUUCUUGAUUACGCAGUGUUUAAAGUUUGCCGUGUUCAAAACGUCCCACACCGCACGGCCCUGAUGCUACUAUCAAUCUCACAUGUCACGUUUGUUUACAUGAUGCGACCCUUUUCAAAUUCGUGGCUCGGCAUCAUUGUCGCCGUCAUCUACAUGCUAGUCUUUGCCAAUAAGAACCCAGGAUCACUUCCACGCUCAGCGUUCAUCGGCGCUCUCGUUGCGUUGGGGCUAUCCACUAGGGUCGAGGCACCAGCUGUUCUUGGCCCCUUCUGUCUGGCGCAUCUAGCGCGCUUGAUUCACCAUCAGAAACCCUGGAUGACCGUUGUCAACAACAUUCUGGCGAUCGCGGCCGGGUUCGCGGCCGUAGGCAAUAUCGUCAUUUUGGCUGAUUCGCUAUACUACGGGACGAUGUCGCUGAUCCUGCGGGAAAUCCCGUUGUCGUUACGAGAUUUGUUUUCCAUGCAGCUCUCUGAGGUGUUGGAUUUGCGUAUAAGGGGCCAGCCCACAUUCACCAUUGUCAAUCUACUCCUUUACAAUUUGGACAAGGAGAAUCUAACUGUGCACGGAAUACAUCCACGAUGGUUGCAUGCGGCGGUGAACAUGCCUAUGUUAUACGGGCCCCUAGUCGCCUGCAUACCUAUGGCUUUGCGGAAAACGGAGAGGUCAAAGCUUUGGAUGUUAGCUUCCUUUGGCAGCGUGGCGUCCGGGCUGGCUUUCCUGUCUGCCGCGCCUCAUCAAGAGCCGCGAUUUGUCGUACCCUUCCUCGUGCCUGUCGUCCUAUUGGCAGCACCGCAUGUGGCCAACUUGCGAGCGGGACUUGCUAAGUGGUUUUGGGCCGUAUGGAUCAUCAUCAACCUCGUCGAAGGCGCGUUCUUUGGUGGAAUGCACCAAAGCGGCGUCGUUCCAUCCUUGAUACACCUGAGUCAGCAUGAGAUUGAGGUGGCGGGUCACUGCGUGGACUCGUCAACGACGCGAGGCAUUGCCUGUGCCCCAAACAAUGCUACCACAGCAACGUUGGAGAACUAUGAGACCACAAUCGCGUUUUAUAAACUGUUCUCGCCACCGUGGCACUUGUUAGCGCUCCAAGCAGAUUCCAUAAGCGCCAGAAACACGCGUGUGAUUCAACUUGCGGGAGGACCUGUGAGUAAAGUCAUUGCUCAAACUGAUAACUUUGCCCUCCCAGUGGGCUGUCCGAAAGCCACGGCAGGUGGCGAUCUCCGCACAAGGGAUGGCGCACUCUUUGCCAAAUCGCCCAAUGGCGUUAAUGAACGAUUGCUGCUGGUUGCGCCAACGUACAUACAUCCAGCAGUUGCGGAUGCCUUGAAACCAAGCAACAGAACACUUUGUCCACUAUGGUACACACAGGGCCUACCACAUAUACAUUUCGAUGAUUUAGAUAAACAGUUGGGCAACUGGAAGGGCGAUGUGUGGCGCGUUGGUAUUUGGCAGGUUGUGCUGUUAGAAUAAAUUGUCUUCAAUGGAUAUGGU